AUUUUUUUUAUUUUUUGCCAUUAAAUCACAUCUCACAAUUUUGUUUUCUUACUUGGUUACUUAAAAGUAUCCCGCGUUUGCCCUAAUCCGUUACCGCCGUCUGUCGCCGCCGCAACUCGCCGUCUUAAGGUUACAUGGAAGAUUCAGAGCAAAGAAGAAAACGGUUGAAAGAAAUGCGAUUGCAAGCUGAUCUUGCUGAAGAUUCUGGUGGUGGCGGUGGUGGUGAAGGUUCUGGUACGCAGGGUAUUCUUUCAAAUCCAUUGGCUGAAGCUCCUUCAAUUAUGCUACCACCGGAUGCUGCUCCUCGAUUUAACUAUUAUACAGAUCCAAUGAAUGCCUUUUCUUCUGACAAAAGGAAUAGUGUCAAUGUUCGGCCUGCGCCCGAAUAUUUGCCUCCUCCUCCUCCUCAUCUUCCUCUAAAUUUUGGUGGAUCUCCUAUGGUGCGGUUUUCGUUGCCACAUACAGGUAUCCUUUGAUAUGAGAGGAUGAUUUAUUAUGGAUCAUAUAGAUUUCUAUAACAUUAGAUGAGUAAAUAGUACUG